GUUCCCCAACGCCGCACUCUCUACAGGUGAGACACUCUACACGUUUAACUUCAGGCUCUACCGCGGUGCGACGCCAGCCUCAUAGAUAUUGGAGCCUAUCAGUUGAUGGUGUGCUGCUGUACACGGCCCUCGUAUACCAGGAGCCUCCGCUCAUCACCAAGAUCAAAAAGGAACUGGAGCAGCUUUUAAAGCAGCAGGAGCAUCAGGCUGAGUUAAGAGAAUCAGCGCAGAAUGGCCCUCACCAGGAUCCUGAUUGCUGGAGGGCUGCUACUCUGCCUCUACACACUCUGCUCCUCCACAGCAACGGCAGAGCCGUCGUUCCUGGUGACCUUCCCUGCCCAGAUGAGGUCAGCAUCCGAAGCCAAACUGUGUGCCAGCCUCCAGAGUCCUAACGAGACUCUGCACAUGUCCAUAUAUCUGACCACCGGAGACGAGAAGAAGAUGCUGCACCAGGAGACGUCAGACACAGACUUCCACCGCUGCGUCCACUUCCAGGCCCCAUCGGUAAAUAAAGACUCUGUGCAGAGUAUCAAAGUAGAGGUCCAAGGUCGUACAUCUCACUGGACUUCAGAGAGUCGGGUGAAGUUCAGGCCAAAACCUGAUCCUGUGACCUUCAUCCAGACAGAUAAACCCAUAUACAGUCCAGGCCAAACAGUGCAUUUCAGAGUGGUUACCAUGGAUACGGAAUUCAUUCCCCUUCAGCAGAAGUACAGCCUGGUGACGCUUCAGGUGUGUACAUAA